AUGCUCGCUAGGACACUCCUCGCUGGCUUGUCUUUGGCUGCCCUUGCAAGGGCAACACCAAUCUCGAAUGAGACAGCGAUCGAUCUAGACAAACGUGCUAAGCCUUUGGGCUAUGUGUUCGAUCUCAGCUGGUCAUCAGCCGCCGUUUGCAAGGUAUCGGACAAGAAGUUCGACAUCUUCCAUCGAUUCAUCACGUCGGUCACAACGAAUAUGAUGAUCAAAGUGCCCAUCGAUACAGCUCAGCGUCCUACUUGCGUGCGAGGCGAUUGUGAAAAGAUUGACUUACUCGAUGGUGACGAGGACGCUCGAGGCACGAAUCCUCCGGGCAAAGCUUACAUCUCCAUGCCUAUCGCUGAUUUUACACCCAAAGUCACCGGAAGAAGCUACGCUGGCUGCUGCACGAUUGACUUUUCAAUCGGCUUUUACCUCGAUCCGGUCCACGGUUUCGGGGUUGGUGAUCCGGAGAAGCCAGGCAAGUUCUGGGCCGUCUGUCACGCAGGCGGCAAAUCGCUCGAUGGCAAGGACUGCUACGACGUUCUCGGUCGUCCAGCAGAGGACCAUGUCUACAUAAUGCCCGAUGAUUGCAUCCAGACGCGCGCAAAGCUGCCGGUAAUCCAUGCUUUGGCAUGCAGCAUUGCCGCCCCUUAUGGCCCAGUCUCCUUUGCGUCGCGGGCGACCGUCGCUUUCCGUGCCCCUGCCAAACCACUUCCGCAUCUCGUUUCUCCUGCUCCUGCACGCCAUCGAAAAGCCGAGCAAAGAUGCUUUGAAGCUACUCUUACUUCGGGCGAGGCACCUUUGCAGGUCCGUGACGGCGAUACGCCCUUGGGACAUAUCUUCAACCUCAAGUGGACCGGCGUCGGCCUCUGUCAUGCUCCUGGCAACAAGUACAGCAUCUUGGAUCUCAGAGUAGGCGCAUGGGUAUCUACCGACGUGACUUUCAAGGUUCCCGCCGAUGAGAAGCAGCGACCUACGUGCAUGAGCGGCAGCUGCGAGCAUGUCACUUACACUCCCGCUGCUAGAAAGCCGCCACCCUCACCUGGAUUCUAUUCGCUUCCGCUGAUCGACCACACCGCCAAAUUCGACGGUGGCAACUAUGCAGGAUGCUGCUCGAUGGACUACGCUCUCGAUCUCUUUCUGAAUCCACACAACGGCAAGUCGGUCGUUGACCCCGAGGCUCCGGGCACCUUCUUCGGAUACUGCCAUACCGAUGGAACCUCCACGGACAAUGGCCAGUCAUGCUAUGAUGUGCUGGAUAAACCGACGCAGCCAUUCAUCCGAUUCGAUAAAUGCUACAAGACCGGCCUUCGUCCUUCCAUCACUGCGACGCCAUACUAUGACUUUGCAAUGCUCUCGUCCUCACUGUUGACUAUAGCGGCAUACACGCUCGCGAUCAGAGCUAGCGUCAUCUCGCAACAAGCGACUGCCAGUCCAUCUCAGAUCGACAAGACAGAAGAGGAACGUCCAGAUGGAUACCUCUUCACCAUACGUUACACAUCGGCAGGCUACUGCUCACUCAACCAGCGCGAUCGAAAGGAUGUCCAUCGGGUCAACUCCCGCGUUCUUCAGGAGAUCACCGUCAAAGCGCCAGAGGACUGGCACGAGACACCGAGCUGCAUCGAUGGGCCUUGCGAUACCGUCGAUGUAAUGGGCUCCUAUGACAAAUCUACGGCUGCUUGGGCUGUCAAUAUCCUGGACCGGAGCAUUGUCUACGACAGCGCAGGGGGUGACUAUGCAGGCUGCUGUCAGCUAUACUACGGCACCGACUUGCACCUGAACCCGCACAAUGGCGGAGGAUGGAGGGACGACAAGAUUGCAGGUUUCUGGGGCUAUUGCGAUACCAAGGGCACAUCUGGCUCCGGUCAAUCUUGCAAAGACGUGCUGCCAUUCGGCACAACGUUUCUCAGGAACUGUAUCGAAGUAUGGACGGCUGGAUAUAGCAUCGAGUCAAAGCCUUAUUGGAACUCCGCAACGCAUUGA